CAGCAGGGCUCCGGCAUUUUGCUGCGUCACCAGCCGCCGCCCGGCCUCAGCGCUGCUCGCCUACACGCACGCACACACGCUCGUCCUCUGUCCUCGCGCCGCUUUUCUUACACUUCUCUCCUCCCCGGCCUGAGGAGCGGCUCUCGGCGCGGUGCAUUGUGGGAACCCAGGUCGAGUGCGCCGUCGCCGUCUCCGUCGCCCGGGGGAAGCGAGAGGAGGCCGUGACCGCGGAGAAAGCUCCGCAGUCGUCACCGGAGAGGAGUCGACUGCCCCGUAGUUGUCGCCGCCGGAGAGGCCUGCCCACGCGUUCACCCGUCCCCCGUCCGGUUUGCGAUGCAGCCUGCUUCUGCAAAGUGGUAUGAUCGAAGGGACUAUGUCUUCAUUGAAUUUUGUGUUGAAGACAGUAAGGAUGUUAAUGUAAAUUUUGAAAAAUCCAAACUUACAUUCAGUUGUCUUGGAGGAAGUGAUAAUUUUAAACAUUUAAAUGAAAUCGAUCUUUUUCACUGUAUUGAUCCAAAUGAUUCUAAGCAUAAAAGAACUGACAGAUCAAUUUUAUGUUGUUUACGAAAAGGAGAAUCUGGCCAGUCGUGGCCAAGGUUAACAAAAGAAAGGGCAAAGCUUAAUUGGCUUAGUGUGGACUUCAAUAAUUGGAAAGACUGGGAAGAUGAUUCAGAUGAAGAUAUGUCUAAUUUUGAUCGUUUCUCUGAGAUGAUGAACAACAUGGGUGGUGACGAGGAUGUAGAUUUACCAGAAGUAGAUGGAGCAGAUGAUGAUUCACAAGACAGUGAUGAUGAAAAAAUGCCAGACCUGGAGUAAGGAAUGUUGUCAACGAAUUUUGAGAAAGAAGAAUAACUUCUGCAAGAUUUCGUAAUUGAGAGAAUUCCCAAGUUGAUAGCUCUAAAGGCAGAUGUUGUAUUUGCCUCCUUUAACCCAUUUUUCAACCUGUUUGUUUUUUUUAACGGCUUCACUAAGGGUCGAUAUGUACCAUUGUAUGGGGCAAUUUUAAGUCAGCUAAGGCAGUAAGUAACCUUUCACAUGAACAUUUCCCAGACUUCCAUGAUGCUAUUGAGGUCCAGGCAAUUGAUAACAGCAGUUGUGAUUAAAAACAUUUCACCUCAGUCUCCUUUACUUCAUAAUAUAGAUACUGACAUGAUAGAAAGUGCCCAGAUUAAGGAAAGAUAAUUAAAUUUUAGAUCUUGGAACAUGGGCUCAAAGUGACUGAAAACAGAUCACUUAAACUGGUAACCUGUUGUUCCUCUGCUAUAUCCCUCAGGAUUAUUCCACUAAGGUUUUAUUUUUCAAAAAAUUUACUUCACAUAACUACACAAGUGAUAACUUGUCAGUGUUUCAGAUACAUCUUAGCUAAAACUAGUGAAUGUCCUAACUUGGUGUUGUUUGACCCUUAAACUUUUACAUCUCUUAGCAUGGAGGACGAAGAAAAGCUGUACAUUGUUGCUUGAGAGUCUACAUUUAGACCGAAUUUGUAUUUACACUGUCAGUAUGGCAAAUGAGUGAAAAAAAUGUUAAUACACUAUUGGAUUUUUUUCUUUUUUUGAUUCAGCUGUCCCAGGGCUGAAAACCUCAAUUUAUGUUCAUGACAGUGGGGAUUUUUUUUAAUGUCUACAUUCUUUCUAAUAAACUGUUGGAAGACUAUAAAAAAGUCCUUUUAAGUGUCUGGCUUAUUGUAAUUUCAUGUAUUACCGUUUACCAGAAUGGAAUCUUACUUAAGAAGGAAUUUGGGAAUACUCCUCUGAAAAAAAGAGGCUUGCUAUAAUGUCACAGGCAAUCUUUUAAAAGUGGAUAUGUAAUAAAAAAAAGAUGUAGAUGCACUUUGAAGCAGUAGGAAAAGAAAGUGUUGUGAUUUGAUUGAAAUAAAACUUUACAUGUAUUGUCCUCUGAA